CAAAUAGACGAGCCAUUACAAUAAAGUCUACCUUUUGGUCCUCAGAAAACCCGCAUAAUAAUUAUCCAUUGUCAACAUCUUGCAAGCUCUAUUUAGCACAGUAGCAAACCACCAAAUCCCAGACCAACGUCACUAUGAGUUGCAAUCCCUCAGCCCCUGAUCGUGAGUGCGACCAGUACCUGAAGCGGUCGGUGAUAGAUCUAUUCUCCUUGAAGGAUCGAGUCACUGUUAUCACAGGCGGCGCGCGAGGAAUCGGUCUCGCAUUCGCAGUCGCGUGUGCUGAGAUGGGAAGUCACGUGGCAGUCUUGGAUGUGAGCAGCACACCACACAACGACUUCACCAGAUUACAGAAUGAUUACGGCGUGAAAGUCAAGCUUUACCAAACCGACGUGACCAGUUACGAACUUCUGGAAGAGACCUUCAACAACAUCGUUAAAGACUUUGGUCGAGUAGAUGGCCUCGUAACCGCGGCCGGCAUCUGCCCUGACCAGCCCUUCACGAAACGCGACCCGGCCUCUGUGCGAAAGUGCCUCGACAUCAACGUUCUGGGAACAUACUUUACCGCUCAGCUGUUCACGAAACAGAUCGAGAAGCAGGAUCAAGGUCAGCAUUCACCUCGUGGCGGUUCGGUGGUCAUGAUUGGGUCUAUUUGUGCGUACAUGGCCAGCAAAGCCCAAUUCUUGAGCGACUACUGCGCAAGUAAAGGAGCCGUCGUUGCGUUGGCAAAGGGAUUGGGAGUUGAGCUUGCGCCAAUGAAUAUCCGAGUGAACAGCAUCUCUCCAGGCUACACAGCAACAGACAUGACGCUCUCAAUAGCGGAUUCGCGACCUGAGCUGUUUCACAUCUUCCAGACGGAGCCGCCCAUGAAGAGGAUGGGUGACAGGGCAGACUUGAAGGGCGCGCUGGUUUACUUGCUGAGCGGUGCGAGUGCAUACACGACCGCCACUGAUGUUCUGAUCACCGGAGGGCUGCAUGCGGGCAGGGUUUAGUGGAUGCAAGCAAAGGUAUCUUAGAAGAAUCUGCCCAAUAUCGACAAUGUAAGAUCUUCGUAAAUGUAAACGGAAGUUUUGCGACUCAGUGUUGCCAUUGACACAGUUGGCUGUGGGUUAUUGAAGUCGGUGAUUCGUUCAAUAGCCAGAUACUUCGUCAUUGCAUCUGCAUAUGCC